CAAGCUUGCUCCUUUGAUCUCAGCCCGCGUCCGUUUUGUUUUCGUUCUCUAGUCAGUCCGGCUUAUCGUCCUCCGAUUCAGAACAAUCCCAAAUGGAGGUGAUACCAGUUCUCCCAACAGAUCAACACAAACCAAUCGACAACAUCCGGACGCGAACCUUCUUCAUCGUUGAUGAGCAACUGGAUGAAGACACCCUUAGAAAUGCGCUGGACAGGCUGGUCAGGGAUCACUGGCGGAAGCUGGGAGCGCGACUCUUCAAACGACCUCGAGAUGGAGUGCUCGAGUGGCACCUCCCCAAAACAUUCGAUGAGAAGUACGUCCUGUUCAGGUGGUCUUCCAAGGAGUACGAUCAUUCGAUAGACAAGGCCGGCCUCCCAAAAACCACUCCACCUGAACUGGGUGUUGUUCUGCUCCCUUCCCCAGAAACUUUCGACAAGUGGUUCAGACCAUCAGACUGGCCAUUUGAACAAAAGGAUGAACCAAACGCGCCUCUGCUCCAUGUGCAUAUGUCUACAUUUACCGAUGAUACCACGGUCAUUGCUAUCAGUUGUCCACACACGGUUGGGGACCAGUACGGAUUGGCGAACAUCAUGAAAGCGUGGCUGGGCUUGACUAAGGGGGAGCUACCUCCGGCUAUGGUUGGAUUCAAUGAAGACGUAAUCCCGAAGGGGAAAGAAUAUUCUGAAUACAAAAAGGAGGAAAUAGUCCGGAAAGGGAGGAUGAGGGUACGGCGUACAGGAGAGUAUCCUAUGAUCCUCCUGGGGGCAAUCCCUGACCUGAUUCUUCGUCCGAAUGAGGAGAACCACUCGCUGUUCGUCCCUGUCCCGGUGGUGGAAUCACUGAAAGAACGCUACACGAAAGUCUUGAAGGAAAAGUACGGAACAGACCCGGGUCUCACUAAUGGCGACAUCCUCACGGGUAUCCUCAUGAAGUUCUCCCAAAUACAUAGAACUUCAAAGCGGAAGGUGUCCAUGUCGCAGAGUGUCAACCUGCGACGACGCGUACCCAUGCUCGAAGGCGAUACCGCCGACGCAUUUAUCCACAAUUCCCUGCACUGCUCCACCGCACACUUCAAAAUGGAACCCUCCACACCAGUCGCCGAGAUCGCAUACCAGAAUCGGCUAGCGCUCAAACAGGCUCUGGAUCCAAAAGAUAUUGAGAUCGGCAUGAGUGUUGUCAGAGAAAUGGUCCGCCGUGGACAAAACAUUUUUACCUGCGAGCCGCUCGAGAGGUCCUACCACGUCGCGAGUUGGACUUCAGCUUGGAGGCCUUUGGAUUUUACUUCCGUCGUUAGGGGACAAGGGAAGGUGAAAGAGGGUUCGAGAAGACCGAAGUUUCUAGUCUUAGGAGAGGGGAGGCUGUCUACGCGUGGGGUGGGAAGAUUCAUCGCUACCAUUAUGUGCAAGACGGAGGAAGGCUACUGGUGUAAUUUCGCGAUUCCUGUAAAGGGGAUGAAGAUGGUCGAGGAGUAUUUGAAGAAGGAUCCGAUGUUGAAGCUUCUUUGAAAGAUAUGGAGCUUCCUUCCACAGGGUUACAUUCUAUGCUAUAUUUUUAUUAUAUAGAUUGGAGAAGAGAUGAGUGUAUGAGUAGCGAGGUUCUAUAAUUCCCAAAACGCCAGAAACCAAUGCCGAAAAAAUAUCAAAUUGCC